CCAUCGCCAUCUAUCAAUUUAAUCGAUUGUGUUUAAGGAAACCAUUUGAUAAUAAUAGCAACAAGUACAAUGUCUGACGGUAAAGUUGAAACUCAUGAAUUCACUGCUGAGAUUUCUCAGUUGAUGUCUUUAAUCAUUAACACUGUUUAUUCUAAUAAGGAAAUUUUCUUAAGAGAAUUGAUCUCUAAUGCUUCUGAUGCUUUAGAUAAAAUUAGAUAUGAAGCUUUAAGUGAUCCAUCUAAAUUAGAAACUGAACCAGAAUUAUUCAUUAGAAUCACUCCAAGACCAGAAGAAAAAGUUUUGGAAAUUAGAGAUUCCGGUAUUGGUAUGACCAAAGCUGAUUUAGUUAAUAAUUUAGGUACGAUUGCUAAAUCUGGUACUAAAUCUUUUAUGGAAGCUUUAUCUGCUGGUGCUGAUGUUUCCAUGAUUGGUCAAUUCGGUGUGGGUUUCUAUUCCUUAUUCUUGGUUGCUGAUCAUGUUCAAGUUAUUUCUAAACAUAAUGAUGAUGAACAAUAUAUUUGGGAAUCCAAUGCUGGUGGUAAAUUCACUGUUUCUUUAGAUGAAACCAAUGAAAAAUUAGGUCGUGGUUCUAUCUUAAGAUUAUUCUUAAAGGAAGAUCAAUUGGAAUAUUUAGAAGAAAAAAGAAUUAAAGAAGUUGUUAAAAAACAUUCUGAAUUUGUUUCUUAUCCAGUUCAAUUAGUUGUUACUAAAGAAGUUGAAAAAGAAGUUGAAGUUGAAGAAGAAGCUAAAGAUGAAGAAGAAAAGAAAGAUGAAGAAGAAGAAGGUGAAGAUAAAAAACCAAAAUUAGAAGAAGUUGAUGAUGAAGAAGAAAAGAAGGAAAAGAAGACUAAAAAAAUUACUGAAAAAGUUACUGAAACUGAAGAAUUAAAUAAAACUAAACCUUUAUGGACUAGAAACCCAUCUGAUGUUACUCAAGAUGAAUAUAAUGCUUUCUAUAAAUCUAUUUCCAAUGAUUGGGAAGAUCCAUUAGCUGUUAAACAUUUCUCAGUUGAAGGUCAAUUAGAAUUUAGAGUUAUCUUAUUUGUUCCAAAAAGACCACCAUUUGAUGCUUUUGAAAGUAAAAAGAAGAAGAAUAACAUUAAAUUAUAUGUUAGAAGAGUUUUCAUUACUGAUGAUGCUGAUGAAUUAAUUCCAGAAUGGUUAUCAUUCAUUAAAGGGGUUGUUGAUUCUGAAGAUUUACCAUUAAACUUAUCAAGAGAAAUGUUACAACAAAAUAAAAUUUUAAAAGUUAUUAAAAAGAAUAUUGUUAAGAAAUUAAUUGAAACUUUUAAUGAAAUUGCUGAAGAUCAAGAUCAAUUUGAAAAAUUCUAUACUGCUUUCUCAAAGAAUAUUAAAUUAGGUAUUCAUGAAGAUCAACAAAAUAGAGCUGCUUUAUCUAAAUUAUUAAGAUAUUAUUCUACUAAAUCAACUGAAGAAUUCACUUCUUUAAGUGAUUAUGUUACUAGAAUGCCAGAACAUCAAAAGAAUAUUUAUUAUAUUACUGGUGAAUCUAUUAAAGCUGUUGAAAAAUCUCCAUUUUUAGAUGCUUUAAAACAUAAGAAUUUUGAAGUUUUAUUCUUAGUUGAUCCAAUUGAUGAAUAUGCUAUGACUCAAUUAAAAGAAUUUGAAGAUAAAAAAUUAGUUGAUAUUACUAAAGAUUUUGAAUUAGAAGAAACUGAUGAAGAAAAAGAAGUUAGAGAAAAAGAAAUUAAAGAAUUUGAACCAUUAACUAAAGCCUUAAAAGAAAUUUUAGGUGAACAAGUUGAAAAAGUUGUUGUUUCUCAUAAAUUAAUUGAUGCUCCAGCUGCCAUUAGAACUGGUCAAUUUGGUUGGUCUGCUAAUAUGGAAAGAAUUAUGAAAGCUCAAGCUUUAAAAGAUACUACUAUGUCAUCAUACAUGUCAUCUAAAAAGACUUUUGAAAUUUCACCAAAAUCUUCGAUUAUUAGAGAAUUAAAGAAAAAAGUUGAUGCUGAUGGUAUUGAAGAUAAAACCGUUAAAGAUUUAACUACUUUAUUAUAUGAAACUGCUUUAUUAACUUCAGGUUUCUCUUUAGAUGAACCAUCAUCAUUCGCUGGUAGAAUUAAUAGAUUAAUUUCCUUAGGUUUAAACAUUGAUGAAGAUGAAGAAGAAGAAGUUGAAGCUGAAGUUGGUACCACCACUACUACUUCUACUGAAGAACCAGCUGUUGAAUCUGCUAUGGAAGAAGUCGAUUAAACGAGUUAAUGUUAAAGAAAAAAAAAUAAUCCUUUGUUUUGUAUUUAUUCUGUUUUUGAUACUACUAUUCCUCCUCUGUUAUAUAGUUUAAUUAUCUUAUCGUUGUUUUGAUUUUUCUCCUCUCUAUAUAUAUAUAAAUAGAAGAAACCAACCAACUGUGAAAAAUGAUAUGAAAUGGAAAGAUUAGUA